UUUUUUCAGUGAACUCAAGCAGAAGAUCACGGAAUGCGAGGAGUUUGAGACAGAACUUUUCUCCAACGGAAAAUUCACGCGCUUUCACCGCGAUAUGCACCUAACCGCACGGAUUUUCGCGCCGGAACUCGCAGAAGCAAACAAGGCAACAAGGGAGUUUUACGGGAACAGACUCCGGGUCGUAUACCGCCUGCUCACCGAGCAUUUGUUGUUCAAAGAGCGGCGAAGCAAUGCGGUUGUCGAUGGUCAUCUUGAACAGAAUCCCUUGAAGUCUUGGCAACUCGACUACCGAAAGAUGGUUUACAUUGUUCUCAGCUCCUUUUUUUCCCUCAUAUCCGGUGCGCUGGACACCUCGCGGUACUUCUACCAGGCGGAAAUUCUGAAUCUCGCGAAGGACCUCUUCUGGUCGGUAAAUCUCGCUCGUAAAGAAAGUCAGCACGGCGGCUUGUCCCCCGUCCGGGCGGUGCUGCAGCUGAAGAAAACGCAGCUGCGGAAAACCGUGUUCGCGAUGUUGAUUGUGGAAAUCACCGCGAUCCUGUCGUCCCUCCUCCGCGACCAGUUUUCCAGUUUGGGCAAGCAAGAACUGAUCCGAACGCUCAAAGUGAAGCUGUUUGAGAGUUUGUUGACCCAGGACUACCACUUCUUCGAGACGCGCGACAUGUGGGAGCAGCGCCAGAUCAUUGGAAAUUGCGGCACCGUGGUGACGACGCUGCUGGACUACCCGGUGGAGUGCUUGGAGGCGCUGGGUCGCACGCUGUCGUCCCUGUCGAUCCUGUGGCAGAAGAACGAAAAGUUGUCUCUCUUCGUGUUCACGCUGAUGCCGCUGAAAUUGUUCCUCUCCAUCCAGUUGCAGAAGUGGCAAGACCACUUGGAAGUGGUCUACGUCGCGGCGGAUCUCCGGGGCAAGAUGAAUCAAGUGUGGAAGGCGUUGACGCAGCCGCGAGCCUUCUUGACGAUCCGCAUUUUUGGUCGCGAGCCGGAAGAAGUGGAAAACUUCGCGAAUUUUUUGCGCGUUUUAGAUCGGUAUCAAAUGUAAAAGUGUCUGGGUCUGGAAGAAUGCAAGAUUUGUGAUGCAGGUUUUCCAUGACCCAUGAGGUCUGCAAUGCGAGACCCAGCAUGACAGAUUCUUUGAGGUCUCUAUCAUGCCUUUCCUGCAUGAGAAAAACCCUCUCAACUUGGUCAAAAGCGGACGGCUUUUGGCACUCACGCAACACAGAUUUUUGCAUCAUUUAGAUUUAGCAUGACAAGUUCACAUUCUUCCAGACCCAGACAUUUUUGCACUUCAUAAUCGGGACGAGAACCAACGGUCCAUGCUGUACAAGCUGUUUGCGCCGUAUAAACCGCUCAGGUGUUCCAAUCUCAAGCGUUACAAUAGAAUUUGGAAUUUGUGUUGCAAAAUCCGCAACAUCUGGCCUACUCCCAAAGGAGCGCGCAUUACAAGUUUCGGAGCCCCAAACCCCGUGAGAAUCUGACGAAAUUUGUAUUGCGAAAAGCCCAAGCCUCUGUAUGGUACUCAUGCUGUUCAAGCAUGACAAAUUCCAGAUUCUAUUGUAACGUUUGAGAUUGUAACAUCUGAUCAAGCCAUACGCCGAUCGAACCGUUUUUGGCGAACGCGAUCGAGAUGCUGGUUUUGUGGUACGGCGGCAGGUUGAUCAUCGACGCGUCGAGUCCGGAUGAUUUUACUUCCGACGAUGGCACCGACGGCCGGGGUACCGGGAGAGCCACUUUCGGAGUGAUUGAAAGAGCGAAAAGCAGGCUGAUGGCUUUUGCUGCUGCGAACAGCUCCGGAUCACUCGCUCCUGUGGUGCAGUUUGUCCUGCAGCUCGCAAGAACAGCGGGCGUAAUAUUUCAAGUCGUCGAAAGCGGCAAGGAACAAGUGACUACCAGCACGGCCGCUCCAAGUGUGAGUCCCGCGUCUCGGCACGCAAGCGGCCCUGCAGGCACGCAAGGAUCAUCUGAAGUUAUUUCACCACCCCCAGACGACCACUUGAAGGUCGCAGCCGUGCAGGCCCAGGAGCAGUCGCAAUCAGCCCCUUCUGAGGACGACCCCUACGGCCUGAUGACUCCGGAUCUGGACACCUUAGGCUUCGGAGACCUAUCCACGUUUCUUCUGAUGGCCAACAACGCUUUCGACAGUGCCCGGUUUCUCCGUAUGCGCGCACAAGGGAUCGGGGAUGAGAUCCUAGAACCGGCAGAGCGGAUCAUGACGCUGUUGCAGGCACAACCCAGGAUAGGGCUGUACAACAGCCGGGCUCGUGGUGGUCAAAAGCAAAAUGUGUCGACGUUGUCACCAGAUUGUUCGAAGGCUAUAUCUGCGAUCGGUGUCGCUAUAACAAAACCGGAUAGUACUAUCAUGGGAGAGCCGAACAAUUCGAAUCGAAACUCGGAAAGAAAACAAGACCAAGAGGAGCAUGACGGCGAGCGGCCAUACAAGGUGCAUCUGAAUUAUGCCGGCGACCGAAACCAAUUCAGCCUACGACGGGCGGCCGGAGCGUUGGAUCGAGUUCCGGUUGCCGAGGUUUUUUUCGAGGAUGGGGACCAACGCCAAAACGCAGAAGAGGAUGAUCCGCAAGAGCCAUCCUCUUCCGCGGAAUCGGCUUUGUCAAUGAAGUCGGCCGUUAGUACGCUUCUACCAGAGAGGAACGAAGAGGGGGCGGGAGAGAACAAGCCUGACAGCAGUGAAACAAACAUGGCUUCAAAUCAGAAAAACCACCUUCAACGCAGGCUGAGUAGGAAAAGCAGCACGUCCUCUCGUCCCGGUGUCGACCACGAGCUACUGCCGCUGCCGUUUCAGUUCAAAGAGCUGCACUUUGACAAUGUAUCCUUUCGCUAUCCCUCCAGGCCUAUCAAUAUGUAAAAAUGUCUGGGUCUAGAAGAUUGCCAGGUUUGUCAUGCACAUUUUGCAUGACUCCUGAUGUCUGUGAUGCAUGCCGUAGCAUCACAGAUUUUGUGAGGGCUUCCUGAUGCCUAUACCGCAUGACAAAUGCUCUUUCCGCGUAGCAAAACUUGGACUCUCUUUGCUGAUCAUGCAAUACAGAUUUUUCUAGAAUCCAAAAUCAGCAUGACAAGUUGGAUUUUUCCAGACCCAGACAUUUUUACAGUUGAUAAGGCCAGCUGUUCGCGUGUUACGCGGCGUGUCCUUCAAGCUCUCCGCAGGCGACCACCUGGGCAUCCUGGGCCAAACGGGCUCUGGGAAGAGCUCCGUUUUCCUGCUUAUGCUGCGUGUGUACGAUCCGGAUAAGGGACGGAUUCUUCUGAAUGGCCACGACUUGCGGGAGUACGAACCGCUGUGGCUGCGGCGAAAGGUGUUCAGUGUGGUCACGCAGGAUGUGGUGCUAUUGGAGCGGUCGAUCAAAGACAACAUCAUGUACGGCAGCAAGCCAAACGAAUUGCUCGGACCUGGAGGUGCUGCGCCAGCUUUAUCCGGCGCAUCUGCAGGAUCUGCCGCAACCCUUUCCCCGCAGAAUAAUCACCCGCUCAAUCGGGAGCCGCAGUACGAGAGGAGAGUACAGAAAGUCAUGGAGAUUGCGCAGUGCCGCAGCACGUUUUUCGACGCGAAAAAGUUUCCGCAGGGCUGGUACACGCACGUCGGGGAGUACGGUUCCAAACUAUCCGGUGGUCAGCAGCAACGCGUGGCGUUGGCUCGGGCGCUGUUUAAACCCUCGCAAUAUCAAAUGCAAAAAUGUCUGGGACUGGGUCUGGAAGAGUGCAUCUUUGUAAUGCUUGUCUCGCAUGACUCUUAAAUCUGUCAUGCACGUUACCCAAGAGCCCCACUUUUCUGUCAUGCAGAAACGCAGUCUGUCAUGCAGAGUAGGCAACACCAAGAAGCUCAGAAACUUGUCAUGCUCAGCCAGCACUUGUGGCCUCCUCAUGAUACGCCACCCAGCAUCACAAGUUUCCAGACCCAGACAUUUUUGCAUUUGAUACGCAAGUCUUACUUCUAGACGAGGCUACGUCGGCGCUGGACGAGAAGACGCAGGCUGAGGUGCAAGCAAGUCUCGAGGCGAUCCGCAAGAGCAACCAGUUCUGUCUGGUCACCAUCGCGCACAGACUUUCGAAUUUCCGCUUUGCGAAUCGAUUGCUCGUGUUGCGGGACGGGCAAAAAAUUGAGGAGGGCACAGCGGCAGAGCUGCUCAAGCAAAAUGGUACUUACGCGAGGUACGUCAGCUACUGCUUGACCGAACAUCAAAGUGGGACUUCUUUGAGUUUGCCGUCGCCCGAGGGCGGUGUGAGGACAACUUGAUUGUUCUGACAUGCACCUGCAGGCAGUUUCUUGCAGAAGGGGCUCAGGGUCAAGGCAUUCUGGUGGCAACUCAAC